UAUUUCAACACACGUGUAUAUUGUUUUGACAGCGUUAUGAAAGUCCUUGGCGCCUGUGAAUCGCAUUCAUUCUUGGUAAUCUGGAAUGAACAAAUACAGCAUUUUUUUUGCAAACUUGACAUAUCAGUCGGUGAAAUUUAAUAGAAGUUGUUCUGCGGUUUACUCUUUACGAUUUUACCGAACUACUGUAAAAAUUAAGCAUGAGCCCAAAGCCAGGUGGGAGGAAGGUAAUUCCAACAACGGGAACAAAUGGACCACGUUGGAACACAAAGGUCCACUUUUCCCACCAGAAUACGAACCAUUACCAAAUAACGUGUCUUUCUUUUACAAUGGGAACCCUGUAAAACUGACUUUGCCUGCUGAGGAAGUAGCCACGUUUUAUGCCAAGAUGCUGGACCAUGAGUACACAACCAAGAGUUCCUUCCAGGAGAACUUCUUCACCGACUGGAGAGAGGAAAUGUCAGUAGAGGAGAGGGAACAGAUCAAGAAGUUGUCGAAGUGUGAUUUCACACACAUCAACAAGUACUUCCUGGAUAAGUCUGAGGAGAAGAAGGCUAUGACUAAAGAACAGAAACAGGUCCUGAAAGAGGAGAACAACAAGCUGACGGAGGAGUAUGGCUUCUGUGAGCUGGACGGUCACCGGGAGAAGAUUGGGAACUUCCGCGUGGAACCUCCGGGGCUGUUCCGCGGCCGGGGAGAACACCCCAAGAUGGGCAAGCUGAAGAAGAGGAUCCAGCCAGAGGAAAUCACCAUCAACUGCAGCAAAGGCUCCAAUAUUCCGGUGGCCCCAAAGGGCCACAGGUGGAGGAAGGUGCAGCAUGACAACACAGUGACCUGGCUAGCCUCCUGGGUGGAGAACGUCCAGGGAAACUUCAAGUACGUCAUGCUCAACCCCAGCUCCAAACUCAAGGGGGAGAAGGACUGGCAGAAGUACGAGGUGGCUCGUAAACUCAAGCUUAAGGUGGAGACCAUCAGGAGGCUGUACCGUGAGGACUGGAAGAACCGAGAGAUGAAGACCAGACAGAGAGGAGUGGCUCUCUACUUCAUCGACAAGCUGGCCCUGCGAGCGGGGAAUGAGAAGGAGGAGAGUGAGACAGCGGACACGGUGGGCUGCUGCUCUCUGAGAGUGGAACACAUCACCCUGCACCAGGAGAAGGGGGGCCAGGAGUUCAUGGUGGAGUUUGACUUCCUGGGCAAAGACUCUAUUCGCUAUUAUAACGAGGUGCCUGUGGAAGGCAGGGUUUUCAAGAACCUGAAGCUGUUCAUGGAAAACAAGGAGCCUGAGGAUGACCUGUUUGAUAGAAUAAAUACUACCUACUUGAACAAGCACUUGAACCAGUCCAUGCCGGGGUUGACAGCUAAAGUGUUCCGAACCUUCAACGCCUCCACCACCCUGCAAGAACAGCUCAACAAGCUCACCACGGCUGAUAUGAGUCUGGAGGAGAAGCUGCUGUCCUAUAACCGAGCCAACAGAGCUGUGGCCAUUCUCUGUAACCACCAGAGGGCAGCACCCAAGACAUUUGAGAAAUCCAUGCAAAACUUGCAGGACAAGGUUGCGCAGAAGCAGCAACAGUUAGAUGUGGCCAGGAAGGAGCUGAAAGAUGCCAAAAAAGAGCACAAGAGGGGCGGAACUGAGAGGACCAGGAAGCUUGUUGAGAAGGAGGAGGCUGUGGUGAAGAGGCUGGAGGAACAGCUGAAGAAACUCCAGCUGCAGAUGACUGACAGGGAGGAGAACAAGGUCAUCGCACUGGGCACAUCCAAACUCAACUACCUGGACCCCAGGAUAUCAGUGGCCUGGUGUAGGAAAUUCAAUGUGCCAAUCGAGAAGAUUUACAACAAAACCCAAAGAGACAAGUUUGCAUGGGCUAUUGAUAUGACUGAAGAAGAUUUUCAGUUUUGAGCUGUGUCACCCUGUCAGCAAGACAGAUUUAGCAUUAUUUCAUUUCCUCUGUUACUUAUUUUUAUGUUCCCUUUAUAAUUUCAACUACUUAGGUCUUUAUUUGUUGUUGGUUACGAGGAGUGUUUGUUUUCUGACUUGACAACGCGCACAUCGGUGAGAAUUAAUCAGUUAUAAUAGACAGUUAUAAUAGAAAUUUUGUGUUUAAGUUUCCUUUGUUAACAAUUGUAAAUGUGUGAAAUAAAAAACCUUUUCAUUGA